AUGGCAACGUAUCAGUACCAGCGCUUACAGCCCGAUGAGAUCCGGUUACUAGCCCUCAGCGCUGGCAGUUAUGACGCCAAACUUGAGGGCAGCCUGGAUAUCUUUCGACUACCCGAGAAUGAGGAGCCAGAGGAGGGACAUCAGGUCUUGGUCACCCGCGACACAGGCUCCGACGUGCAAAAUGCGCCUCCGUAUGAAGCGCUCUCAUAUACAUGGGGCUCACUCCCAAUCUCUCCGCAUACAUUGAGCAUCGUCGUCGGCGACGGGGAGACUGCGACUCUCGACAUUACACCAAACCUCGAUCUCGCUCUACGCCGUCUAAGACAGGACAUCCCCGCGAAUAAAUCCCGUCUCCUCUGGAUCGAUGCAGUCUGCAUAAACCAAUCCGACCUCGUAGAGAAAAGCACACAAAUCCCCAAAAUGGCCAUGAUUUACAACAGAGCAGAGGGCGUCUCCGUCUGGCUGGGGGGCGACGACGCCGGCGCAGUCGACUUUAUCGACAAGCUGCUCAACCUUGACGAUUUUGACCCCCUUACAAAAGACCCCGGUACGCCGGAGGAGUGGGCGGCGUUAUUGGCCUUGAUGCAGAGGCCUUGGUUCAACAGACGGUGGAUCGUGCAGGAGAUUUCGCUGGCGAGGAGGGCGACGCUUCUUUGCGGGAUGAGGAGCGUUUCGUGGGAGGACUUUUCUGCCGCUGUUGCGCUGUUCACUUCGAGGUAUCAGGAUCUACGGGCGCUAUUUCAGAGAUCUGAAAAGUUUCAGAAUCACCCAAAUUAUCUGGGAGAGGUUGACGCCCUCGGAGCCAAGUGUUUGGUGGACCUCACGAGCAAUCUGUUCAGAAAGUCAGAAGACGGCGCCGUGCUUGAGCGUCUCCUAUCACUCGAAGGCUUAAUCUCAACCAUGGCUGCAUUUGAAGCUGCGUCUCCCCACGAUACCAUUUACGCUGUCCUCUGGCUCGCUCACGAUGCCCAGCCGGAUGCGCAACACGGCGGCGCCAUGUCGGAUGAUCACCUCUUGCAAACGCCUCAGCACUCGCCCACAUUGGCCGGUAUCUCGUCCGAUGAAGACGUGUCGGACUAUGAUCUAGGGGCACACAUGCCACAGCCAUCGAACCAGAUCAAGUUCCGAACACCAUUCCCAAGGCGAGCGACGGGAACAUCCUCAACCGACGGCCCUGAGAAGCUGUCCAGGAGAUCAACAUCAUUAAAGCCCCCAGUCGCAGCCUGGCAGUCAUCCUUCAGUUGUCGCUCAGUCUCCGACCGCAACCUAAGAAACGCAGAGAAGCACUUUGAGGGAUAUCCCACGUCCAUAAUUGUCGACUACAACAGGAGCGUCUAUGAGGUCUGCAAAGAGUUCCUCGAGUUCGCCAUCGGCCGAUCCAGGACCCUCGACAUUAUAUGCUGUCCCUGGGCUCCAGAGCCGCCUCCCGACGAGCCAAAACUGCCGUCGUGGAUCACCCAGUUGGACAGCACGCCUUUUGACAAGCAGCCUGGUCAUAAUGUGUAUAGAAGAGUUCUCGCCGAUCCUCUGGUGGGAUGCCCUGGUCAUGGACCGAGGAUCUACAACGCCAGCGGCAAGACAAAGAUAUACCCAAGCAAAGGCUUCAUACAGGACAGAGUCUUGGUGGCCGCUGGAUUUGUACUCGAUGCGGUCGGAACCACGAGGAGUCCAGCAUAUGAAGGCAUCAUCCCUUCCACAUGGCUCGACCUCGUCGACUGGCCGGGCCCUCCGAAUCCUGUCCCCGAUCGUCUCUGGCGAACCCUCGUAGCUGACCGAGGCCAAGAUGGCAAAAGCUACCCCCCAGCAUACUUCCCCCUAGCCUGCAAAUGGAUGUUUGAGCAGCGCAGCCGGAGAGGCGGGAUAAACACAACAGAGCUUCUAACAUCUGGGCGAUGUCCAUCGAUAGCAUCAGAGUUCCUCAGACGGGUGCAAGGCGUGAUAUGGGGUCGGCAGAUGAUGCUGACAGAAGGAAGACGGGGCUCAAGCAAGUUCCUGGGCCUGGUCCCUGCUGAAGCUCGGGAGGGUGAUCUGAUCUGCAUCUUGUACGGCUGCAGUGUCCCUCUUGUGCUCCGGAGGCUUCGCUCGCCGUCGAAGCAGGGAAGUAUGAGCUCUUCAUUUGACCAGAAGCCAGAAAUCAUCGAGACGCAGCCAGAUGGCACCGAGUCAGUUCGGCUCUCGACAGUCUCGCAGUCAACUUCAUCCCUCCCCUCGCCGAACGAAACACCGACUCAGAGAGCUGCAAGCACAACCUCAACCUUGGAGCCUGAAAUGAACAAUACGUCACCGACAGAUAAAGGUCUCGCUGUCCCUACGCAGUCACCGAGUGUCAAAUUCGCCUCAGUUGGCGUGCGGAAAGCGCUCAGGAAGGACACGGCUGAGAGCAAACCGCCGGACCUAGCUACCUCUCUCGAGAGUCAGUACCAGUGCGAGCUCAUCGGGGAAUGCUACAUCCACGGCAUGAUGGAUGGGGAGGCUUUCAAGCAUCAAAGGGAAUACGGGAACAAGCUGCGGCUGUUCCACCUGCUCUAG